UCGGACUUCAGCUUGUAACGGUAGCGGUAACGGCAGCGCGGUUUUCGGGAAAUCGCUGGAUGCCGCCGACGUCGUCUUUGUCGUCGCUACUCUAACAAUAAUAAUAAAAAAGCGCUAAACAAAAGUUAUACUAGGUAAUUGGCUAUUAAUUGUGGUUACCGACUGGCCAUUGUGGAGUCAUCAACUUUUUGCAAAUCUCAGUGGAAGCAAACUGGAAAACAAAAGAAAUACGAAGUAGUGUAAUAAAAUCAAAAUAAAUUGAAAGCAAAAAAUCCUUAGUACACACACGGACGGCGGCCGCUGUGACUGUGUUUGUUUGUGCGUGUGUGUGAGUGUGCAGCAGCAGCUUGUGAGGCCCGCGCAUGCGCCAACUCCCGCAACCGUAGUCGAGUCGGGUUUCUGUGCAUUAAUUGCUUUUGAGUUGAGGAGCCUUCAUCGAAAUCAUUUGAAGUUUCCAGACGAUAGGAGCAGAUCAGGCGGCUGUUCAGGUGUCUACCAUGUAGAUCCCAGAAUUAGAGGGAAGUGGAAUAAGUGGAUUCAUGGUGGAAUCCUCGAGCCUGGGUCGGACCCCUCCGUCCGCCCAGCAGCAAAUUCCGCAACAGAACUCGCCCUCGCCCUCUGGGUUGCGGUGCGGCAACAUGGAGACUCGGGUUCGCGGGGCCUGGUAUCGUGUCCUAGUCACACUUGAAACGGACUUCCUGGCAGUCAGCCUCGACGAGUCAUGUGAGUCGGCGCAGCAAACGAUUGAUGGGCAGUCGACCACGCUGAAUGGCACCUUGGGAAGUAAUCACAGUGGUGGAGGGGGAGGACCUGUUGGUGGAGUAGGCUCUAGUCAGAAUGGCACUGGAACCCUGCCCAGCUCCGCCUCUCUGCAAGGCAUGAAUAUCCAAGACACCGAAGUAGAUGGUUCAACCAACAACGACAAUGGAGAUCGGGAUCUCUGCCUGAACAACAACAACAAUGCCGGCGAUGGGGGCGGCAUGGAUUUGUGCGACGUACCUGACCAUGUGGCCAACCAGAAGCGCCAUGUGCGAAUCAUCAAGUCGGACAAUAACGGCCUGGGCAUAUCCAUAAAGGGUGGGCGCGAGAACCGUAUGCCCAUCCUUAUCUCGAAGAUAUUUCGGGGCAUGGCCGCCGAUCAGGCCAAAGGUCUCUACGUGGGCGAUGCCAUCCUGACCGUCAACGGAGAGGAGCUGCGCGACGCCACCCACGAUGAGGCUGUGCGCGCCCUCAAGCGCUCUGGUCGCGUGGUAGAUCUGGAAGUUAAAUUCCUACGCGAAGUAACGCCUUACUUUCGGAAGGCGAGCAUCAUCUCGGAAGUCGGAUGGGAGCUGCAGCGCGCCUUCCUCUGCCCGCUGGGACCGGGCGUGCCCACCUCUCCGCCAGCGCCAAAGACAACGCCGCGCGCGGACACGCGCUACAUCCCCCUACAGCUGACGCAUCUGGCCAGGAAUCUCAAGUACAUCGAUCCGGAGAACCGCUGCUUCGAGCUGCACUCGCCGGACGGAGUGCACUCCUGCAUCCUGCGUGCGGCCGACUCUGCUGAGGCUCUGGUCUGGUUCAAUGCUCUGCAUUCGGCCAUGGGCAGCAGCACGCAACGGGCCCUGGCGGAGGCCAAUCGCGCGCUGACCAAUCUCAUCGGCGAGCUGAAGCACAUCGGCUGGCUGAGCAAGCGCCUGAACGGAGGCAGCUCGGGCAGUGCCGGGGGCGGCGGAGGAAGUGGCAGUGGUGCAGCCAGCGGCGGAAGCGGUACCUCCAACAGCGGAGUUGCCGGCGAGCUGCCCAGCGGUCGAUCCAGCUCUGAGAGUUCGGAUGAGAGUGACAAGUGGAUGCCCAUAUUUGUGGCCGUGACGGAGCGAGAGUUUCGGAUAUACGAGAGUGCCCCAUGGUCCGUGGAGGCUUGGAGUCGGCCCCUCGAGAUCUAUGCCUUGGCCACAACGCGUCUCGCCGGAGCCGGGAACAAUUCCUCGCUGAAUGGCCAACAGACCACGGUGUUUUGUGUACGCUGCGGCACUGCUAGGGGAGUCCUCGUUUACUGGCUGCGAUCGGAGACGCAUCGCGACAUGGCAGCCUGGGCCCGGGCCUUGGUGCAGGGCUCCCACCAGGCGGUAAACUAUCAGAGGGAGUUCUCCUUCCACUGCCUCUAUCAGGGCCGACAGUGUCAAUUGGUUGUGCAUAUCAAUCGUGGCUUUUUUCUCUACGAUUGUGGUGGCUUCGCCCCCACCACGCCAACGGCGGUGGUGGCCGCCACCAAAACGCAGCUCUGGCAGUUUGCCUUCGACAAGCUAAAGGGUUCGGCAGAUGAUGGCACGCGGUUGCUGUAUCUGGACUUUGGUGAUGAUGGAGAGAUUGAACUGGACAUGGAGUGUUGCCCCAAGCCGGUUGUCUUUGUCGUGCAUAAUUGCCUGUCUGCCAAGGUUCAUAAUAUUGCCUAGAUUGCGUUACAAUUGGAUAGAUCUAUGAUAUAAAUGUUGACGUUUUAGGUGUAAUGGAACUUUGUUACAAGUCCAGUUCUUUGUACUUUUUACGAUUCUCUAAGGACCUACUGAAUUUUGUAUACCCGGUACUCGAAAGCCAUAGAAGGAAACAUUUCCGACCCUUUAAACUAUUUAUAUUCUUGAUCAGCAUUAAUUGCCAAGUCGAUAUAGCUGUCCGUCGGUCCGUCUUGAUGAACGUCUAGUGCUUCGAGGCUAUAAGAGCAACAGCAACAAAAUCCUGCAUCCACACUGCUUCGAUAUCACACUGUUGCCAGUGUUUCUCCGCUUCUCCACCCCGAUAUUAAACGAUAAUCUGUAAUUGUUUCUAUUAUUAAUGUUCAAGAUACGAGAAAUCCAAAAACCCAGUUCCGUAGAGGGGGGCCCAAUCUAGCAGAUCCCUUAAUUAGGCCAGAAUAACGAAAUUUAUUUGCAGUUUCUUCCAGUCAGCCCCUCCUGCUCAUUCGCUCUCUCACUCGCACACUCUGACUCGGGCAGAGAGCGUCUCUGGAGCGGGAGAGCUAAAAAGGGGGUGUUAGUUGGAGAGUUAAUGUAGAUGUAGAAAAGAUCAUGAGGUUGCAUACAUAUGUACUAAUGUAUACACUGAGUACCGGGUAUACGAAUUUUGACGAGACCGAGCGCGUCUCACAACGAUCCUCCUCGUUUUAAAAUCGAUUCGUAUUUUGUGAGCCUAUUGGAAUAUUUUGAUAGAUCUGUCAAUUACCUAAGAAUAGGAAGAAUAGAGUUGGAAAGGAUAAUUAUUAUUAGUUCUUUUGCAGAAACUAUUUACGUAAAUGUUUUACAAAAUGUCUUUCAAAAUGUAACGUCUAUUAUGCCUAAAAUAGAAACUCUUAUGGAAACCAUAGAGCCCUUCCAGCCAACGACUUAGUUAAUUUAGUAGAGAAAAGGAAAGACAAAGCUAGCUCGUUAGUUUCCUUGUGGCUAUGGGAGUGGACUAGUUUGGUAGAUACAGCAGGAAAACAGAGUAUGAAGAAACCAAUGCAAACACCGAUUAGCAGAAACCGAGGAGGGGAACAGAAAACCCUAAGAGCAUAACUGAAAAACUUUAUUUAAAUUGUAAGUAGACGUAAAUUCAUUUUAUACGCGUGUCAUAUGCACAGGAUAACAUCUAAAUAAAUAUCGAAAAGAAUGAAAGAUAAAGCUAAAUCUAAUCUAUCUACAUUAACAACAUUUGCAUUAACGUUGAACAAUAAUUAUUGUAAUUGUACUUAAUUAAUUGUAUCUUGUAUUUGUACCAUGUAUCUUGUAUCUAAACGAAGCACACAUAUCUCGAUGCCCCUACACAGAGGCAUCGAUAUUGAUCAUGGACUAAACUCCCCAACUAAACUACACAAAUAUGUAUGUAUAUCUGUAUACCAGUCGUGUAGGAACCCAUACAUGCAUAUAGGUAUAAACAUUCAAACGAGUAUGUGCAUUCCAGGCCAUUUCUCUACUCCCCGAAUCUUCAUGUACAAGCCAUCUAUCAUAUUCAAUUAUUAUACAUUUAUAUAUAUACAUACAAACAUACAUAGUACAUACGAGUAUCGGUAACGUAACAUGCCCCAUAAUCAUUUAAUGAAAAUUGAAAUUUCGUAAUAAACACAACCACAACAACAACCAAGAGAAGACGAACGACAGAAAUCAAUAAGAACAAAAUACCCAAACCAAAAAAUAAUACGUAAAUUAUUUUAAACGUAAGUAGUGUUG